UGGGGGCUCUGACGGACACCCCUCGCCCUCGCCACGUCCCCGGAUGCUCUCGCAGCCAGCCAUGCUGCUGGGCGGCCUCCUCCUCAUGGUGGCCACCACGACGGCGGCUCAACGGAGGGGGCAGGAGGCGGGCGGGCGCCGCUGGGCACACCGAGUCCAGCACGGCCAGUGCAGCUACACCUUCGUGCUGCCCGAGCCUGAGCCCUGCCCGCCGGAGCCUGAGGCCUUCGGGGGCCCCAACAGCCUCCAGAGAGACUCGCCGGCCGCGGCGGCGCUGCACCUGGGGGACUGGCCCGCGCAGCGGGUGCGGCAGCUGGAGAAGGCGCUGGAGAACAACACGCAGUGGCUGCAGAAGCUAGAGAGGUACAUCCAGAUGAACUUGAGGUCGGAGCUGGCGCAGGCCCAGCAGCACAUGGUCCAGAACCAGACGGCCACCAUGCUAGAGCUGGGCACCAGCCUGUUGAACCAGACCACCGCCCAGACCCGCAAGCUCACCGACGUGGAGGCUCAGGUCCUGAACCAGACGUCGCGCAUGGAGAUCCAGCUGCUGGAGACCUCCCUCUCCACCAACGAGCUGGAGAAGCAGCUGCUGCUGCAGGGCCACGAGCUCCACCGGCUGCAGGGCCACAACAGCGCGCUGGAGACCCGGGUGCAGGCCCUGGAGACGCAGCAGCAGGCGGAGCUGGCCAGCCUCCGCGGCGAGAAGGAGCGGCUGCGGCGCCUGCUGGGCCGCCAGAGCGGCGCCCUCGCCGGCCUCGAGCGCAGCCUGCGCGCCGCCAGCAGCAACUCCAGCCUCCUGCAGCGCCAGCAGCGCCGGCUGCUGGAGUCGGUGCAGCGUCUGGUGCGCGUCGUGGCGCAGGGCCCCGCCUCCAUCAGGGCAGCUGAGCAGGUGUUCCAGGACUGUGCAGAGAUCCAGCGCUUCGGGGCCAAUGCCAGUGGCGUCUACACCAUCCAUGUGGGCAACAUGACGGAGCCCAGGAAGGUGUUCUGUGACAUGGAGGCCAAUGGAGGCGGGUGGACCCUAAUCCAGCGCCGUGAGAACGGCAGCGUGAAUUUCCAGCGGAACUGGAAGGAUUACAGACAGGGCUUCGGCGACCCAGCCGGGGAGCACUGGCUGGGCAAUGAGGCGGUGCACCAGCUCACCAGCGGGGCAGCCUACUCUCUGCGCGUGGAGCUGCAGGACUGGGAAGGCCACGAGGCCUACGCCCAGUAUGAGCGUUUCCAGCUGGGCAGCGAGGGGCAGCUGUACAGGCUUUCUCUGAGUGGGUACAGCGGCUCGGCAGGGCGCCAGAGCAGCCUGGUCCUGCAGGGCACCAACUUCAGCACCCGUGACGCGGACAACGACAACUGCCUCUGCAAAUGCGCCCAGAUGCUGUCUGGAGGGUGGUGGUUUGACGCCUGCGGCCUCUCGAACCUCAACGGCAUCUACUACCCGGCUCGCCACCACGUGCGCAAGCUCAACGGCAUCCGCUGGCACUACUUCCAGGGCCCCAGCUACUCGCUGCGUGCCACUCGCAUGAUGCUGCGGCCCGUGGGCGUCUGACGGGC